CUAAUCAUGCGCGCGCCAGGGACCCUCUGCCUGUCCCCCAUACAAAGCAGCCCGCCCGCGGUUUUACCCUUGCAUAGCUGCAUUCCAUCGCCGGGACGGACGCGCCAGGCCCAGGCGCGCGUCUUCGGUCACCACUCACCACGCAGCUAGCGCAAAAAAGCCGAUUAGAACGGUGCAAAGAGAUCGAUCGGUCGAUGGAGUCCGGCAACAGCGGCAGCCUCCAGUCGUCGAGCUGCGGCGGGGGCGGCGAAGAAGAGUUCGACUCGAGGUGCGCGGACUCGUCGUCCCCGCUGUCCGCGCUCCUGCGGCAGUCCACGGCGGGAUUCGUCGGCGGCGGCUCAUUCUACGGGCUUCGUCAUGAACUCGAGACGCCGUCGUCGCUCCCGCCGCUGCCUCAGGCGGCGCACCACUGGUCGCCCGCCCUGCCAGCCGUCCCAGCUGGCAGUACCGACGGAGCCUCGCCGUCGUCCUCGUCCUCGCAUGGCGUGCCACCGGCGGCCUCGGCAGUAGCACCCGGCCAGCAGCAGCAGCAGGCUGCUUCUUCGGCGGCUGCGGCGGCGGCGAGGGGGUCGAGGAAGCGGACGCGGGCGUCGCGGCGCGCGCCGACGACGGUGCUGACCACGGACACCUCCAACUUCCGCGCCAUGGUGCAGGAGUUCACCGGCGUCCCUUCCCCUCCCUUCGCCCCCACUGCCAGCUCCCGCUUCGACCACCUCUUCCGCUCCUCGCCUAACAACCCCGCAGCCUCCUCCUUCCCGCCCUACCUCCUCCGCCCCUUCGCGCGCCAAAAGCACCACCAGCAGGCGCACCAGCCUUCUUCCAUUUUCCCGUCGUCGUCGUCCUUCGCCAUGCCGUCGCCGUCCAGCAUUGGCGGCACUGCGCCUCCGGUGGUCACAGCCGCGUGCGCCAGCUCGAGCGUCGCGGCUAUGGCGUCAGGCGGCAGCUACCAGUACCACCACUCCGCGUCGCCCGCCGCUCUCCUUGGAUCGCGGGAUCACCACUACCUCUCCUCCUUCCAGAGCCCCCUCGCAGCACCAGGCGCCACGCACCCAAUGUUCGACACAUUGUCCGUGCCGCCGAUGAGGCCGCAGGAGGAGGACCCGGUGGCCGGUAGCUUCUUGGGCCGCACGCACCACCACGGCAUCCUGGCCACGGAAGGGACGCACUUGCACUUGCACCCUCGCGUCGUCGACCAUGGGCGCCGCCGCGACGAAGACGAGCUGUCCGGCCUGGUCGGGAGCGGCGUCUGCAGGACGACGACGAUCUACUCGUCCUCCGUCCCCGGCGCGGAGGCCCUCGCGGCGCCUCGACUGCUCGACCGCAAUGUGGAUUCCACAACGUCGGCCACCGCGACGACCACCGCUGCGACAACCACGGUAGCAGGGGGGGCGGCCAUGAGGACACAGGGCGUGGACUCGUGGAUUUGUACAUCGGAUCAGUAGGUUAAUUAAUUAAAUUACCUUCUUCUUAUAUGAUGAAAUACAUGAGUAGCAUAUAUACUCAAUUCUCACAAGCGGGUGCCUCAAACGGCAGAUUUUUACUCGGUUAAUCCAUCUAUAGUUCUCUACGGCACAAUGUUCUUCAAUUUGCAUGCUCAAAUUUCUCUA